AUGGCUCAUCCAAAUCCCAAUAAUUUCUCGAAUGACGAUCCUCACGGAUGCUGGAUUAGCGUAGGUAACCACACUGAUUAUUUAAAACUACCGGCUGUCAUCGAGAUGGGACCCUUGCUCAUCUCAGCGGUUCCAAUGCAGAAAAGGAUGUUGGAACUUCGGACGCAACCGCUUGCUUCGCGACUGCGAGUGCAGCCGCCUACGCAAAUGCACUGGAGUGCACGUCGUUUUGACCUGACUGCACGUCAUUUUGUCUUGACUGCACAAGGCAUUGACCUGACAGGACGUCGUUUUGUCUUGACUGCACAAAGUUUUGACCUGACUGCACAAGGUUUCGACCUGACUGUACAGGGUUUUGACCUGACAGGACGUCGUUUUGACCUGACUGCACAAUGUCUGCACAAAGUUUUGACCUGA